AACCUGUGCCUUCAUAGAUUCUUCUCCAAGCUCCAGUUUCUUAGCCAUGGAUCUCAAUAAGACCGAGGAGGUGAUCUCGAAACUGGAAAAGCUCCACCAGCAGCCCCACAUCUGGAAGUUUCUACUUCUUCUGCCAAGAUUGUACACAAACAGCGUCCGCGUGGAAGACCGUCUCCGUGGCGGGGCACUCCUCCUCCAGGCGGCUUUGAAUUCCUUGACAGCUUUGGAAGAUUUAGACUGGCUGCCCCUCAACCACACUUUCUCCACGGUUUCUGAAAUCGUGCUGAACGUGACCAUUUCGACGCUGACAUUUCUGCAGGAGCACGGGAUGGCUGCCGCUGGGUCCAGAUACAACCUGUCCCUGCGGGAGCUGGUGUGGGACCCACAGAAGGUCCAGGCUGACCUCAAAUCCCGAUUUGGCUUUGAUGACCUUCAUGCAGAACAAAUCCUGAAUUACUCCGCGGAAUUUCAGGAGAUUCCCACAAAGGCGGCUUUGGAGCGGAUGGUAUGUUCUGUCUUGUCCCGGACUUCCAAGGGCGAAGCUGUCCCAGAGGGUCACCCCGCAGACUGUCCCCCGCGCUGGUCUGAGGCCACAGACUACCUGGUGCACGCGGUCAGCUGGUUGCAAGCGUCCAAGCAGGUGCUCCCUGGUGUUCUCCAGCAGGUGCUCGCUGGGGCCGCCCGCAGCCUGGAGGCUCUCCGAGGUCCGACUGUGGAGGGGCGGGAGCCGCAGCAGGUGGUGAAGGUUCUGCAGGCUCUGCUUCCCCUCCUGAGUGACAGCUUGGUGGCAGAUGGCCCCGCCGGCAGCCGCCCAUCUCCCAAGACAUUACUGCAUCUGCAGCAGCUGGAGAAUGUCCUUCGAGAUCUGCCCCCGUGGCCCGCCCUGAAGAGACUGCUGCUGCUCCUCGGGGCGCCCAGGAACGCCGUAGCCCAGAAUUUGCGUUUUGUCCAAGCAGUGCUCACGUGCCCGGAGAGACCAGCUAACAGCUCCACACUGGGCGGACCCGAGCAAUUGCACCCAGAAAGGGACGCGUUCCUUCGGUGGAAGCAGGUCUUGGUGAAGAAGGCUAUGGACAGGUGCCUAAAUGCCAGCUUGUCUGGGAAGGAGGCUCUCCGGUGUCGUGGGAACCCUGGUGCUUGGGAGCGCCUCUGGGCACUGGCGUGUCCCCAUGACACCACCAAGAGCAGCGUUUUCAAUGAGCUACUGCAGUCAGCGGAGGACUCAGAAGUGGAAGCGCAGCUGGAGGACGUGGGCCUUUCCUGCAGGCGGCUCUCCCGGUGGCUGGCAGCGGCCGCCUCACCCGGGGACCGCGACCUUGCUGGUGACUGUAAGGACCAGCUUGCAGCAGCACUGAUCUUCCGCGCACUAGGAACAGUUCAGUCGUCCCUGGAGGAAACACCCGACUGGAAAGGCUUCACAGGAUUUAUCCGGAAGACCUGUGAACUGGUCCAUUCUGCAAACGUGCAAGGAAGCGUCCAGAACGGUCUGUCUGAUUUCUCUGAGGAAUCUCCUUGUUAUGAAGAAAACAUGGAUUGGGAAGCCAUCACCGAUAAUUAUUUCACAUUUUUGGGUAAUUUACUCAAGUCUCCAGCUGCUUCCAUCUCCAGAGUCUUGAAUUCCACAAAGGAACUUCUCAUGAUGGAAAAGAAGUUGCAUUCCCUCGAGGAUGAGGAAAUAUACUUUUUUUUAUCUUUUGUGAGAUUUUUGGAGGAAUUAUUGCCUGAUCCUUUCGACUCGCCCAGCGUGCCCAAAUUCCAUGACCUCCCAUCUCUCAGUGAGACUCUUCUGAACACAAGCCACUUGUGGGUCAACCAUUCAAGAAGUUUAGAGAGCGACACAUCUGCUAUUGCUACUCAGAAACUUUUGGAAUUUGGCAAAGUGGUGAUCGACAAAAUAGGAACUCUUGAAAGUCUCUGGAUAAAGAACGAAUCAGAUAAUAUUUUGAGGUUCAUGGAAUUAGUACUUUUUGAAAUUGAUCCCAAGCUCCUGGAAUUGUGGAUAUAUGGCAUUUCAAAAGAAGAAAGAGUCAGGCUGGAAACCGUGUCUACACUUCUUAAUUUUUCAGUCACAGAAGACGAGAGGAUCCUUACCAAGAGCCUUAACUUUUCCCAGUUGUUCCAGUCAGACUGGCCGCGAUUGCCAGCUAUGGAAAUGGACUUUGUGCAUUUGAGUGAAACUGUGAUAAGCAGUCUCUAUGAGCUCGGAUUUCUGAAGGAAGGACAAGUCUUUGAAGCUCUAGACACAGUCUAUGCUAUAAGGAAUGCGUCUGAACUUUUCUCAGCCCUUUCUGAGUCCGAAAGACGAGCCGUGGACAUGGUCUUGACUAAGAUAUAUCUAGACAUCUUCCAGGACAAUGAUUCAGCUUUGCUUCUGAAGAUUUAUGCUUCAUGUUUUGAAUAUAUUUAUAAACUCUUGAGCAUUCCAAGUACAGAGGCUUUGCUAUCUUUCCUUGCACAAACCUCAGAGCGCAUCUUGGAUAUCAUAAAGCAAUUUGAUUUUCAAAACGUCAGUAAAGCAUUUGAAUUUUUGUAUGAGACAACAGGAGUUCUUGAGGGACUUUCUGAGGGAUCUCAUUGUCAGCAGUUGCUUUCAAUUUUUAACUACUUGGAGCUCCAGGCCCAAUCCCUGAUGUCUACUGAGGGCCCAGAACUGGAAGUGAUCCCUGCUACAUUGACAGGCCUCAAACAGCUGCUCUUGGUAGACAAAGAUUUCCGUAUUUCCUUCUUUCAAUACAUGAGCCAACUCUUCAACGAAUCAGUCAAAGCCCCAUUGGGCAAUGAAUGCUUUGCCUUGGAUAAUAAGAACAUCUCUUCUGUGAAUUACUCAAAAGAUAGAGGGUCUUCAUUUAUUCUUCCAUGGACACAAAUUCUUUCCAACCUCUCAGCGGAUGGCAGGACGUUCAAUGAGUUCAUGGCUGUUCACUGUACGGUCUCAUGGCUUCAGAUGUGGACUGAAAUCUGGGGAGGCGUAUCUCAUCUCUUCCAGCUUGACAUGAAUGUUUUUACUCCUCUCCAUGUUGGUCUCACUCAGCUUCUGGAUGAAUUGGAAAGUGAUGUGAGAAUUUCUGAAAGCUGCCAGGGAAUGUUUCCCACCCAUCGCCCUGCCAGACUCCUAUUGGAUUUGUUUAAAAAUGUAACUCAAGCUGAUGGCUUUCAUGAUUGGGAUGAUUUUUUGAUUCUCAGAGACCUCUGGGUAGUAUUAGGUGAUGCAUUAGUUGGGGUAAAGUCACUUAGCCCGGAGCAGGUAAGGAAAGCCCUUUUUACCAUGGAAACUGCCCUGCAUCAGCUAAACACAUUUCCGUUAAACACAAAUGCAAGCAGAGAGUUUUUCUAUUCUCUGCUUGAUGUUUUCAUGGAAUUGAGCAACACCUCAGCAUACAUCGACAGAAACGUACAACUGAUAAAUCACUUUCUUACAAAUAACAUUACAAAUUAUGGAGUGAGGCUUGACAGUGUCAUCACUGAGCUAAGAGAAACAAUGUUAUUGCUUCGAAAUGUGUCACAUGACCAAGAUUUAUUGUCCUGUGCCCGGAUUUUCCAAAAUGUUACCGAGUUUAUUUUGGAAGAUGGUUUAUACGUAAAUAUGUCACAGAAGACAUUACGUAUUCUGGCCAUGUUAAAUUCCACAUUUUCCUCCAAGGACACGAUUAGCAAACUGAAGGGAUGCGUCACGUGGAUAGACAUCACGAACCACCUGUACGUGAUGUACAACUCCAGUGUUGCACAUGACUAUCUUCAGGGUAACCUGAGGAGUUUCAGAGACGUGGGAGACAAAAUUAAUUCUACACUGAAACUUGCUGCUUGGAUUCUUGGUAUGAAGGGGCCUCACUGCACACUGAAUAAGUCAGAUACAAACUGUGUGAACAUUGUAUUGAAAAAUGUAACCGACUUUCUGAAUGCCAUACUCACCGAAGUCUUUGAAAGGGAAAAGGUACCCAAAUUUGAGAUCUUGCUAACCCUUUUCAAUGAUUCCACAAACCAAGUAAGGAUGAUUAUCAACAACCUGACGAGAGACUUUGAUUUUGUAUCUCAAUCCAACUGGACGCGUCUUACUGAAUUAAUUCUAAGACCCCUAGAGUUGUCAGAUGACAUACCUAGCCAGUUUACAAAUCUUUGGCUGCAUUUAGUAGCUCUGGGGAAGGAAAUUCAGAAACUUAUGAAAGGUAUUUCCACUCACCUCCCAGAAAAUGUCUCCUCUUCUACAUCUGAAAAGUAUCUAAACCUAUUUGCUACCAGCUCAAAAGAAAAGGAUGUCAACAGGUUAGGCCGUUCAUUUUAUCAUCUAGCCAGCUACCUUCUCUUCAACCUGUCUCAUGAUCUCCAAAAUCCAUCACCAGUAAUGCCCCACAAAAUCAUGAACGCUGUAGGUCUUGCCAUCCAACUGAUUCGGGACGUGUUCAACUCCCUGGUGCCCUCAGUUCUUCGCAACAUUCCACAAGAUCUGGGUGAUAUUCAAGUUUUCAAGAAGGUAGCAUCUCUCCUGCACACUCUCAAGAAGACAGACAUAGACCUGCUGGUCGACCAACUUGAGCAAAUGAGCGAAAGCCUAACAGAUUUCUUUAAGAAUAUCAGUAGCUUAGGUACCCACAAUCUGGGGGCCAACCUGCUUGUAGGCCUGGUGGAGAAAUUUGUAGACAGCUCACAUUCUUGGAAUGUCAAUCAUCUGCUGAAGUUCUCACGCUUGUUCCCUAAGGACGAUGUGAAUGUCGUGGUAGACGUGUACUACAUGCUUCCUCAUGCUGUAAGGCUCCUGCAGAGGGGAGUUGAUAAAAACAUCACAGAACUCCUCAAGGAUGUCUAUAACUUCACGCUCCUUCAUGGCAUAAGCAUUUCCAAUGUCACCAAGGAAGACUUUGCUAACGUGAUAAAAACUCUUUUGGACACAAUUGAAUUAAUAGCGGAGAAACCAGGAAUUCUUUCCAAGGCUUUCACUUGCCUUCCUGUGGUUUGGUGCUGGAAUCACACAACUUCUGGGUUUCAGCAGAAUCCGAAGUUAGAAGGCUGUAAAUCCCAUGAGCUUAUGCCAUCUUCCUUUUAUACCAAAGUGGCCAGCCUGCUUGACUACCUCCACGUCUCUCCCCCAGGUGAAGGUUUACAAUGUUUGGACGAAGGUUCACAGAAGGAGAUUACGAGGAAGAUGGUCUGUGUAAUUCGUGAGCUAGUGGACUGGAAUUCCAUUCUUCUGGAGCUUUCCGAAGUCUUCCAUGUUAAAAUUUCGCUUGUGAAAACCAUGCAGGAAUUUUGGCAUAAAGUGUUACCAUUUGUCCCGUCUUUUGAAAAUCAAAGCAACAGUAGCAUCUCUGAACUUUGUCCCAGUGGCCGCAUAAGGCAAAUUGUUUCGCAAAUCAUAGCAAAAUUAAAAAAUGUUAACUUUACAACAAUUCCAUUAGAUGAACACAUUCUUGAUACACUAGCUAGUUUAAACAAGAUCCUUAACCUUAGUGAAGGCACAGAGGCAUCUGUUCGAAAUAAGAUUUCCUUGAAUUUUGAAAAGAUCAUGAAGUUGCCUUCUGGGGAUCAGCACCUAGAAAAGAGCCCCCAUUCUCUAGACCCUCCAUCUGAGACAUUUCUUGAUGUGAACCUGACAGGCAAUAGUUUAGAAGCACCAUCAAGUUUUACUAAAAAAAGAGAAAAAACUUUCCACUCUUCUUACUUUGAGGAUCUAGGGAUGGAGCUUGAAGAAAUCAUGGCCAAUCUAAGCCACAAUUUUCCUAUCAAACCCCGGCUUUCUGAAAUUAUCAGAGAAAUUCAGAUGCUUAAUUCAGAGACUCUUCAAAAUGUAACUUUGCAACUUGCCCAUUUUUUCGAAAGCCUGGGCUCAUCGUCAUUGAGGAUAUCAGAAGUCGUUGAAGAUUUUCUGUUGGUCGUAAAAAACUGGCUUCGUAAAUGGGCAAAGGAAGAUGAUUCUGGAAUGAUUCAAACAUUAUUUCUUCUUACGGCCAAUGAGAGCUCAACUGAUGAUCUAGCUUUGUUGACCAACAAAGAUAUUGCUACCUUUUGGGGGCUUCUUAAAACCAUUUCUAGGGAAGGUAAUUCUGAUGUUGCCCAUCUUAUGCAACUGCUAAGCCAAGAACAGCUAACUAAUUUCUCACUUGUUCAAUUCCUUUUUGAAAGUUUCCUAAUUAAUUCAAUCAGUAAUUUAACUGGGAGGUCUCCAGAGGCAGCCUCAAAUUCAAGUGAUAGUGACCUUCACAUAAUGAAUUUCAUUAAGCUUACCUUGAACCGGACACAGUCAGAAAAUGGUGAGAGAAUAAUCCUUCCUCCGAGAAGUGUAGUGGAUUUCAUGGAACAGGUUUUGAAAACAUUCUUCUCAUUUUUGCUAGAGGAAAAUUCUGAGAACAGAAUAUCUCUUCUGCUAAAGGCCUUCCACAAAGACAUCAUUGCAGAGUUGAGUUUUGUCCCAAGGGAUAAAAUCCUAGAAAUUCUGACACUGGAUCAACUUCUUACUGCCUCAAAAGAAGACAGACUGAUGAGCAUUUUCUCAAGUUUAAAGGAAACUCUAAAUCAUCUAGUCAAAAGUUCAUUUAUUUUAGACAAUGGACAAUUUCAUUUCGAUCAUCAUCAAGGACUGAAGUUCAUGAGAGAUUUAUUUAAUGCUCUUCUAAGGGAAACCCCAGGGAAAAAUAAGACCGAAAAUAAUUCAGAGUUUCUUGCGGCCGUGAGUCAGUUGCUUUUCCACACAAACAGCUCUGAGGAUCUCCUCCAUCUCAGUCACAAUCUUAGGUCAGCUCUCCAGCUUGUGAGAGAAAGUUCUACAGAGGUAGCACGUCUCCUGGACGUGCUUGUACACUCUCCUCAUGAGGGUUCCCGUGACUUGUAUCCUACACUCCAAGAAGUUAUACUUUCCAAUCUAACUAGUUUGCUUUCCUUCAUAAAUAAUUCAUUCCCUCUAAGAAACAGGGCAACAUUAGACAUUACCAAGAGAUUGCUUGGUGUUAUCUCAAGAGUUGGUGGAGAAAGUGAUGCCCCAGAGCCUCUUUUGGAGAUGUCUGAUACCCUGACCAUGCUGGUGAGGGACAUUGCUGAGAUGAGAGACCUUGCCACCUCGGUGACCUCUGCUGUGGAGCUUCUGGGGCUAGCCACGAGAGUUGCCCGGAAAGUGGCCACCAUAUUUGAAACUCAUUCCAUCCCCAACACCACUGAUGCUAUGAAAUUCUUUGACAGUCUCUAUACUGUUUUGCGACAAAGUGUUCGAAAUGUUGUGAGAAAAAUAGGUACUUUGAAGAACGUAGACCAUUUCACAUCAGAAAAUAUAAGCAACUUGUUGACACCAUUUCUUGACUUGGCUUUUGGGAUGAUUGGGGUCAAACCUAAUAUUUUGCAAGACUCUGAUGUUAACGUGUCUGCAAGCACAUUCUCAUAUAUGAACCAGUCCAAGGACUUUUCUGAUAUUUUGAAAGAAAUCACUGAAUUUUUAACUUCUCUGAAAAGCAGUUUGGGAGACAUGGAGCAUCUUGUGGUAGCUUUUAAUAACGGGACCCAAAUAUUUGCGAUGGAUUCACUCAGCGUAUGGGAAGAAGUUUUGGAUUGCUUAGUUCCUAUAAAUAAUAUCAUCAACCAGAUAGACUUCUUACAUCCUAAUCCACUUCCCAAUGAUAGUUACCCUCAAGAUACAACGUGGGAAAGAACCCAGGAAGUGAUCCUGUUUUUGGAUGAAAUGCUAUCACAAGACAUCAUCGGAAUUGGGACUUAUUUAAGAAGAAUGAUUGAUCUCACCUUGGAAGCUCUUUGGAGUGACUUAGAGAAGGAUGACUGGCAUGUCUCUAAUCUGUGGCUGGCAUUUGCUCAGCAUCCAGAUAACCUUUUGAAAGCCAUAAAAACAGCUGGGGAGGUCUCUGGUGGAAGAGAUGGCCUGAGUGGACCUUUGUUUUCCAACAUGUCUCUGAUUCAGAAUGUAACUCAUCAACAGCUUAAAGAAGCAGUGCAGAUCGUGUUAAAGAGAAUGGCUCUCUUGAGGAAGGAACUUCCCCUAGAUAACUCUCAGUGGAUAAAUGCCACGAGAACUUUGUUCCAGCCCAUUUUUGAGAGUCUUGUUCAUGUAGCCACUGGGAAGAAGAUCACAUUGGAAAAAGGAGAGAGGACCAAAAAGGUGGUGGCUGGUUUUCCUUCCAUUCUCCAGCUGUCAUCAAGUUUCAAGCAAUUCCUGAAGGGAUUAAUUGCAUUGAUUGAGUACUGGCAAGAGGUCCCGUUGAUGGAUCAAAGUGUGGAAAUGUGUCAAAUUUUCCAGCAGCUUCAGAACCCCCCAGAAGCCAUCGUGAUCCUGCAGAAAGUGACGGUGCUGGUUCUCCGUGUGUUCAGCAUCUUUGCAGAAAACCCUUCCUUGACCAAGGACAUGCUGUGUGCUGCUCUGAGCUGCAAGCAGGGUGGGAUGCGGCGGCUGAUCAUACCUGCUCUCCAGGGGGCCGCCCUGAUGCAUGACCACUACCAGGAAAUGCAGAAGAUGUGGUCCUCACCCCCUCAGCUCAAUUGUGAAGGUCUCAGCAGGAAUCUUUCUAGCUCCUUGGAAAGCCUCAGGAACAGCCUGGAGCACGCCGCCGACCGGGACUGUGAAUGCCGGCCGCUGCCGGACCUGGCUCUGCAGCGUGUGCGCACGUUGGCCCAAAGCCUUGAGAAGACCUGGUUGUCCGGGAAUCCCAUGCUGACUCUUAGCAAUUUCACAGUGACGGGGGAUGUAAAAGUCAAAGAUUUGGUGCAGAACAUCUCCAAGCUAACCCACGAGCUUCAGUCUUCCAUCCACAUCUCCAACGAGACUAUCCACAGCCUUCUAGAAGCCAGCAUCUCCCGUUCACAGGUGCUCUCAGGGGCCCUCAUGGUGGCCCUGUCCGGGAGGUGUGAUGCGGACACUCUCCGGCUGCUGCUGAAGCUUCCCGAGGCCCGAGGGUCCUGGGCUGCAGCGGAGGAGCUGUGUGGCCUGCCCGGGCCCCACGUGUAUGCUCUGAUCGUGUCCAUGAGUCAGAACCUGAAUCUGCGCAAUGUCAUUUACAAAACUCUGAUGCCCUCGGAAGCCCACGACACACUCAGCUCCCUGUUGAAUGUGGUCUCCAGGCUCAACCACUUGCUUGCCAAAGCCGGCCACGUUCUGGAAUACCUCCCCGAAUUUCUCCACUCGUAUAAGAUCACCACCUUGCUGGACAUGCCCGACUUCCAACAGGCUCUGCAGCGUGGCCCGUCCAGAAGUUCAGCCUUCGGUUCUUUCCAGAUCGUCAUGAAGAAGGUUUGCAAGGACCAAGCAUCCUUCUUCAGCGGCUCUAACUCGUUCAUUGACUUGCCCAGAAUCAACGAGCUCCUGGGAGGGGACAAAGAAAAAUUCAACAUUCCUGAAGAUUCAACACCGUUUUGCUUGGACCUCUAUCAAGAAAUUUUGCAGUCUCCAAAUGGCGCUUUGGUGUGGUCCUUCCUAAAACCAAUAUUACAUGGAAAAAUAUUGUACACACCAAACACUCCAGAGAUUAAUGAAGUCAUUCAAAAGGCAAAUCAUACGUUCCGUUUCGUGGACAAGCUAAAGACGUUAACAGGAACAUUGCUAAAAAUGUCCAGCAUGUUUCAGAAUGGAGGAAAUGACCAGAUGCUCGGCCAGCUGCAGGAAGCCCUGAGGAACAAGUUUAUAAGAAAUUUUAUAGAGAGCCAACUGCACAUUGAUGUUGAUAAACUGAUGGGAAAGCUCCAGACUUACGGAGGGAAGCUGGACAAGAUGUUUGCCCACGGAGGUGCCGGACGCAUCCGAGUCCUCGGCCGCAUCUUGGUGAACCUCUCCUCCUGCGUGGUGCUGGACCGUUUCCAGGCACUGGAGUCCGUCGCCAGCCUGGAGGCGAAAGCCCGUGAGCUUAUGCGACAGAACAGCUUCUUGGCUAGUGUCAUAUUCAACACUUCCCUGGCAGACAGGAACUCGGGGGCCCCGUCCCUGCGGCUGGCACCCCACGUCACCUACACUAUCCGGACCAGCAUCUUAUACAGCAUGAGGACGGACUUGGUGAAAAACCCUUCCUGGAAGUUUCAUCCUCAGAGCCUACCAGCCGAUGGGUUCAAGUACAACUACAUCUUUGUCCCUUUGCAAGACAUGAUCGAGAGAGCCAUCAUCCUGGUGCAGACCGGGCAGGAGGACGUGGAACUGGCUGCGCAGACACAGGCCAUGCCGUACCCAUGCCACACCAGGGACCUAUUCUUGAACAACGUCGGCUUCUUCUUCCCUCUGAUAAUGAUGCUGACGUGGAUGGUGUCUGUGAGCAGCAUGGUCCGAAAGCUGGUUUACGAGCGAGAGAUCCAGAUAGAAGAGUACACGAGAAUGAUGGGCGUGCAUCCCACCGUCUUCUUCCUGGCCUGGUUCCUGGAGAACGUGGCCGUGUUGGCCUUGAGCAGUGUAGCCCUGGCCGUCAUCCUCAAAGCGAGCGGCAUCUUCACGCACAGCAACACCUGCAUCAUUUUCCUCUUUCUCCUGGAUUUCGGGGUGUCGGUCAUCAUGCUGAGUUACUUCCUGAGUGUGUUUUUCAGCCGAGCGAACACAGCUGCCCUCUGUACCAGCCUGGUGUACAUGAUCAGCUUUCUGCCCUACAUAGUGCUGUUGGUUCUCCAUAACCAACUCAGUGUUGUCAUGCAGACGUUUCUGUGCCUGCUCUCCACCACGGCCUUUGGACAAGGAGUGUUUUUCGUCACCUUCCUAGAAGGACAAGAAGCAGGGGUCCAGUGGACUAACAUGUACCAGCCUCCGGAACCGUCGGGCAUGACGUUUGGCUGGGUUUGCUGGAUGAUGGCCGUCGAUUCAGGCCUUUAUUUCUUAUGUGGUUGGUACUUGAACAACUUGAUUCCCGGAAAUUUCGGCUUAAGGAAACCGUGGUAUUUUCCCUUUACUGCGUCAUACUGGAAGAAUUUGUGGGGUUUCGUGGCAAAAACACCGCAGGCGCCUGGUUCUGACCUGUCCUUCAUCAACGAGCACUUUGAUAACAAAGGGUCCGCGCUGCAGAACGGGGAGGGAAAGCCUGGAGGAGGCCCCCCGGGUGUCGCCCUGGUGUCUGUGACCAAGGAGUACGAGCCACACAAGGCAGCCGUGCGGGACCUGACCCUAACCUUCCACAGAGACCAGAUCACUGCCCUGUUGGGGACCAACGGCGCCGGGAAAACCACCGUCAUAUCUAUGCUGACGGGACUCUACGCUCCCACCUCUGGAACCAUCAUCAUCAAUGGCAGGAACCUGCAGACAGACUUGUCCUCCAUCAGAAAGGAGCUGGGCGUGUGUCCACAGCAGGGGGUCCUGUUCGACAACCUCACUGUCCGUGAGCACCUGCUGCUCUUUGCCUCUGUAAAGGCUCCACAGUGGACCUGGAAGGAGCUGAGUCAGCAAGUCAGUAGAACUCUCCAGGACGUGGAGUUAACGCAGCAUCAGCACAAACAGACCCGCGUCCUGUCUGGAGGCAUGAAGAGGAAGCUGUCCAUUGGCAUUGCCUUCAUCGGCACUUCAAGGACAGUGGUUCUGGACGAGCCGACCAGCGGGGUGGACCCUUGCUCGCGCCGUGGCAUCUGGGACAUUCUCCUCAAGUACCGUGAAGGUCGGACGAUCAUCUUCACAACCCACCACCUGGACGAGGCGGAGGCGCUCAGUGACCGCGUGGCCUUCUUGGAGCAGGGCCGGCUGCGCUGCUGUGCACCCCCCUUCUGCCUGACUGAGGCCUAUGGCCAGGGGCUCAGCCUGACCCUCACCAAAGAGUCUUCUGUUCUGGAGGCCGGUGACCCGAAGGACAUCGCCCGGGCCACGUCUCUGAUCCAGACCUACAUCCCGCAAGCUUUCCUGAAAGACAGCAGCGGCGGGGAGCUGGUCUACGGCCUUCCCCAGGACGUGGACAGGGCCUGCUUCAAAGGGCUCUUCCAGGCCCUGGAGCAGAACCUGCACAGUCUGCGCGUGACGGGCUUCGGGAUCUCGGACACCACGCUUGAGGAGGUGUUCCUGAUGCUUUUGCAAGGUUCCAAGAAGCAGCCAGGGGCCGAGUUGGAGCCACAGGACCAGAAGCCUCCAGAGCCUGCUCCUGGCUACUGUGAUGCCCCAGCAAGGACCCCGCCUGCGUGGGGCAGCCCACGGCCUCUGGCUCAGGCCACCGCCCUCCUGGUUAAGCGGCUCCGCCACACACGCCGGUCCUGGAAAGGUGCCCUCUCUGACCUGCUGCUGCCCGUCCUCUUCGUGGCCUUGGCCAUGGCCUUGUUCAUGGUGAGGCCUCUGGCCAUCGACUACCCUCCCCUCAAACUGACACCAGGCCAUUACGACAGGGCUGAAGCUUCUUUUUUCAGCAGCGGGAGCGAGAGCGAGGGCCAGGAGCUCACCCACAUGCUUCUGCGGAAGUUUGGAGAUCAGGAUCCACUCUGUGCUGAUUUGAACCCAAACCUGAGGAACUCUUCAUGCUGGCGCGUGGAUCCCCCAUCUCAGGCCCGAAAACCCGACUCCUGCGGCUGCCUGAAGUGUCCGAACACAAGUGCUGGGGUUCCCUACCUGACCAACCGCCAGGGGCACACUCUGCUGGACCUGUCAGCCUUCCACCUGGAGGAGUACUUGCUGGUGCCGUCGGAGAGACCCAGGCUUGGGGGCUGGUCUUUCGGGGUUCAGAUCCCUGAUCAAGGACACUCUGGCAAAGGUAAGCGUUCCCUCUUUUUCCUUCCUGUGUGGUACAAUCAGAAGGGCUUCCAUUCCCUACCUUCCUACUUGAAUCAUCUGAACAACAUGAUACUGUGGAGACACUUACCGCCGGACCGGGACUGGAGACAAUACGGAAUAACGCUGUACAGCCAGCCGUACGGAGGGGCCUUGCUGAACGAGGACAAGAUCCUGGAGAGCAUCCGCCAAUGUGGCGUGGCACUCUGCAUCGUGCUGGGGUUCUCCAUUCUGUCUGCGUCCAUCGGGAGCUCCGUGGUGAGGGACAGGGUGAUCGGAGCCAAGAGGCUGCAGCACCUCAGCGGCCUGGGCUACAGGACGUACUGGCUCACCAACUUCCUGUAUGACAUGGUCUUCUACUUGGUUUCUGUGAGCCUGUGUGUCACCAUCAUCGUCGCCUUCCAGUUAACAGCGUUUACUUUCCGCGAGAACUUGGCAGCCACGGCCCUCCUGCUGGUGCUUUUCGGAUACGCAACUCUCCCGUGGAUGUAUCUGAUGUCCCGGAUCUUCCCCAGUUCGGACGUGGCUUUCAUCUCCUACGUGUCCCUGAACUUCAUCUUCGGGCUCUGCACCAUGCUGAUGACCACCACGCCCCGGCUGCUGGCCAUCGUCUCCAAGGCUCAGAAUUUACAGAACAUCUACGACGUCCUCAAGUGGGUCUUCACCAUUUUCCCUCAGUUCUGCCUGGGGCAGGGACUCAUAGAACUCUGUUACAAUCAGAUCAAGUAUGACCUGACCCACAACUUCGGCAUCGAUUCCUACGUGAGCCCCUUUGAGAUGAACUUCCUGGGCUGGAUCUUUGUCCAGCUGGCCUCGCAAGGCACGGUGCUUCUCCUCCUGAGGAUUGUGCUGCACUGGGACCUUCUGCAGCGGCCACGGGGUCAGUCUGCCAUUCAAGGCACAGUCACAUCUUCCAAGGACAUAGACGUGGAAAAAGAGCAAAUAAGAGUGUUGAAAGGAAGAACUAGUGAAGACCUUCUCGUGCUAUACAACCUUAGUAAAAGCUACGGAAGCUUCUUCAAGAGGACCACUGCUGUGCGAGAUAUUAGUUUGGGCAUACGGAGAGGAGAGUGCUUUGGGCUCCUGGGGCCCAACGGGGCCGGGAAGAGCACCACAUUCAAGAUGCUGAACGGGGACGCUCCUCCGACCUCAGGACGUGCCGUUGCCAGGACUCCCACAGGAGAGGUUGUGGAUCUGGCUUCAGCGGGUGCCGCCGGCGUUCGCAUUGGCUACUGUCCGCAGCAGGAUGCCCUGGACGAGCUCCUCACCGGCUGGGAACACCUUCAGUAUUACUGCUGCCUCCGGGGGAUUCCCAAGCUGAGCAUCCCUCACGUGGCCAGGGACCUUGUGAGGCGUCUACACUUGGAGGCCCACGUGGACAAACUGGUGGCUACCUACAGCGGGGGAACCAAGCGGAAGCUCUCUACAGCCUUGGCCCUGCUGGGCAAACCUGACCUGCUGCUGCUGGACGAGCCCAGCUCCGGGAUGGAUCCCUGCUCCAAGCGGCACCUGUGGAAUACGAUACUGCAAGAGGCCCGGGGAGGCUGUGCGGUGGUGCUGACCUCCCACAGCAUGGAGGAGUGUGAGGCUCUUUGCACGAGACUAGCCAUAAUGGUCAAGGGCAGCUUCAGGUGCCUCGGCUCCCCCCAGCACAUUAAGGACAGGUUUGGUGAUGGGUAUUCAGUGAAGAUUUGGCUCGGUCAGGAAACAAAUCGGCACAACGUGAUUUCGGACUGCUUGAAGCUCCAUUUUCCAGGGAUCCAGUUUAAGGGGCAGCGCCUGAAUUUGUUGGAAUACCAUGUUCCAAAACGGUGGGAAUGCUUAGCAGACCUGUUCCACGUUCUAGAGAACAACAAGACCUUGCUGCAUAUCAAACACUACUCCAUCAACCCAACCACUUUGGAACAGGUAUUUAUUAAUUUUGCUACUGAGCUACCGAAAUCUUCACCAUCUAGCAUGGCUGCCCCCACUGGCUCUUACCAGCCCCCUCACCUGCCUGUCUAAGGACCUAAGGGGACGUUUCUAAGAGGAAUAAUACCUUGUCUUUUAUUCCAAUUUAUCACCUGGGAGGAGCUGGGAUUCAGGCUGCAUGUGGUCGGAACCCUUCUCUCUUCCUUUCCUCUUUGAAGCUGUUG